AUGCGGUUAAGCCUGUGCUCGUACGCGCUGCAGGAUGUUACGACUGAUCUGUUUGGUCAGGAAAACUACGGGACAGUGGCAGCUUUCGGGGAUUUAAACUCAGAUAAACAGACAGACAUCUUCAUCAUCAGAGAAAAAGCAGAGGUGGUGAUAUUCCUAGCGGAUCCUAAAACGCCUUACUUCAAACCUAAAGUUCACAUCACGAAAGAUAUCUUGUCAAGUGCUGUGAUAAGCAGUGUGGUGCCAGGGGACUUUGAUGGAGACUCUCAGAUGGAUGUCCUUCUCACUGCUGAGAUCAGUGGUGGGACAAACGUGCUCAUCUUCUGGGGGAAAAACAAGACAUUGGAUCUGUAUGAUUCACUGCAACUGAAUAAGACCUUUACAGAUCAACCUCUCAUUAUGGACUUUAAUGGAGACAUGAUUCCAGAUGUAUUUGGCGUGACCACCGGCACAUCUAUGCCUGAAGUCUGUUAUCUUACCCAAAGGGUCCCCGAAUGGAAGAGGGCUCUGACGUCGCCUGUCAAGCUGCGCAAACCUCACUCAAAUGCCUUCAUUGAUCUCAACAAAGAUUUUACUGCUGAUUUGUUCCUGACCACUGAGAAGCCAGCGUUUGAGACAUGGAUCAGCAGGAAUGGAAACUUUACCAAGGAAGACAUUUUGCCAUCCACACCCCCGGAAGAGACAUUUGGCCAGUCAUCGUUUAUCGAUUUUGAUGGAGACGGCGUUCAGGACCACCUCCUGCCCGUCUGUUUGGACACAGCCUGUCAACGCAGUGCCAUCUACUUCUCUACGUUUGGACAGCAGUGGGUGCCGGUGUUGACAGAUUUUCAGUACCGCAACACAAUGUGGACCUUUGUGACUGAUCAACCUGGACCAAUGUUGCACCUUGGGGACUACAACCUGGACGGCUUCCCUGACGCCCUGGUAGUUCUGCGUAACAACUCUGGAAGUGGGCAGCUGGCCUUCCUGUUGGAGAAUGUUCCAUGUAUCGAUGCCAACUGCCGUGUGGGAAGAAUGUUCCGCAUCCGCUCCGACCAAUCAGAUUUAGAGGCCAUCCAAAACGCUGUCAUGGCAACAUUCUUUGACAUCUAUGAAGACGGCAUUUUAGACAUGCUGGUUCUGAGUAAAGGCGACGGCAAAGACCCAAACAUCCAUGCUUUGAAGAACAACUUUGAAGCUGAUGCCUAUUUUGUUAAAGUCAUGGUUCUCAGUGGCCUCUGCUCUAACAACUGCCCUGAUGGUGUCAAGCCAUUCGGUGUGAACCAGCCCGGCCCGUAUGUCAUGUACACUACAGUGGACUCCAAUGGGAAGCAGAAAAACGCCUCCGCCGGUCAGUUGAGCCAGUCUGCGUACUCCGCCCUCCAGCUUCCCUACACUGUUCUGGGCCUUGGACGCAGCGCUAACUUCCUGGACCAUCUUUUCGUGGGCAUCCCUCGGCAGCCUGGAGAAAUGGAAAUAAGAAAGCAGGAGUGGACUGCCAUUAUUCCAAACUCUCAACUUAUCGUCAUCCCUUAUCCUCACAAUAAGCCGCGCAGUUGGAGCGCCAAGUUGUACCUGACUCCUAGCAACAGUGUGCUGCUGACGGCCAUUGCUCUGAUCGGAGUGUGCGUGCUGAUCCUGGUCAUCAUCGGGAUCCUCCACUGGCAGGAGAAGAAAGCGGACGACCGGGAGAAGAGACAAGAGGCGCACCGCUUUCACUUUGACGCCAUGUGA